AUGGAUGGUCAACAAGUGUGUAAUGAUUCGAAGCUGUACAAAAAAUCCGCAUCGAAAGAAGAGAAGAAAAACAACGUAUUGCAACUGUGGGGAAACGAACGUACAAUGAAUUUAAACCCACUCAUCUUGGAAAACAUACGAACUUCGUAUUACUUUAAAGUGAAUCUUCGCAAGUUGAAAACGUACCACGAAGUCGUCGAUGAAAUUUAUUACAGAGUUGGUCACCUAGAACCGUGGGAAAAAGGAAGCCGAAACACAACUGGGUUAACGGCACUGUGUGGAGGUGUUCGAGGGGUUGGUGCGGGAGGGAUUGUAUCAUCAGCUUACUGCUUACUAUAUAAAAUGUUUACGUUAAAAAUGACUCGAAAACAGGUCAAUGGUUUGAUUACUCACCCUGAUUCCCCUUACAUUAGAGGUUUAGGUUUUAUGUACAUUAGAUACACACAGCCUCCACAAGACUUAUGGGAAUGGUUCGAGCCGUUUUUAAACGACAAAGAAGAAAUUGAUGUAAAGGCAGGAGGGGGUCACGUCAUGACAAUAGGAGAAAUGUUAAAAAGAUUUCUGACAAAACUGCAAUGGUUUUCCACAUUCUUUCCACGAAUUCCGCAACCAAUACAACAGACGAUCGAUAGGAAAUUACCGGUACUGACGACAAGGUCACUAAACGAAUUUCGGGGCAAUGGAACAACUCGGCGUAAUUCUUUUAAGGAAUAUCAUACAGCUGUAAAACCAGAAAAGGAAAAGACCGCCAUUUCCUCGAAGUCGUGUAAUUCAGGAAAAGAAAGUUCAACUAGUUCCAAGAAAAGGCGACAUUCAUUUGAAUACAACGUCCAGAACACAAAUAGAAGACCAAAGGAAAGAAGGUGUAAUUAAUAAGGUAUAAAUUAAUGUAAAAUUUUGCUGUCACAUUUCGUUGCACUGUGAACAUGUAAAGGGCUCAUUUGACAAUUUAAAGACAUAUACCUGGAAAUGACCAAGUGAAUUACUUGCGCUCGAUAUUGAAAGUAAAUAGAACCAUAUUCUUGAAAGCCUAAAGAAAAUAAGUGUUGUCACUGUAGACUGUAGUGUGGAUUUAAUUCCCGUACUAGGACAUUGUGUUGUUUUUUACAAAUAUUUGUAGUGAAAUAAUGCUGUUGGCUGAAGCCAGAACUUGAGAUUGUAAGUUUUUUUGCAAUA